AUGGGGAGGGUGGCGAGGCGUGGGAGGGCCUUGGAGCUCGCGGCAUUGGCCGUGGUGCUGGCUCUCGGAGUGGCCGUUGAUGCGCGGUUCCUUGAGACCCAGAACUUGGGCGGUGGCGGCGGUUUCGGCGGAGGCGCUGGCUUUGGUGGUGGUGCUGGGCUUGGUGGAGGAGGUGGCGCCGGUGGUGGAUUUGGUGGAGGGCUUGGGCAUGGUGGAGGUCUUGGCGGCGGGUUUGGAGGUGGAAAAGGUGGCGGCCUAGGUGUGGGCAGUGGUCUUGGUGGUGGCGGCGGAGCAGGCGGUGGACUCGGUGGAGGGCUUGGGCAUGGUGGUGGCCUUGGAGGUGGCGGAGGUCUUGGUGGAGGAGGCGGCUUAGGCGGUGGAGCGGGUGGUGGACUAGGUGGUGGUGCUGGAGGUGGUCUUGGUGGAGGAGGUGGCCUUGGCGGGGGUGCUGGCGCAGGCGGUGGCCUAGGCGGUGGUGUUGGUGGAGGCCUUGGUGGUGGCACGGGAGGAGGGUUUGGAGGUGGUGUCGGUGCAGGUGGUGGUCUAGGGGGCGGUGCUGGAGGUGGCCUCGGUGGCGGUGCAGGCGGUGGAGCUGGAGGUGGUCUUGGCGGAGGCAGUGGCCUUGGCGGCGGUGCAGGUGGUGGAUUGGGAAGUGGAGUUGGAGGUGGUCUUGGUGGAGGCAGCGGCCUUGGUGGUGGUGGUGGCCUUGGAGGUGGUAGUGGUUCUGGAAUAGGUGGUGGUUUCGGGGGAGGCAAAGGUUUCAGCGGAGGUCUUGGUGGAGGUAGUGGUGGCGGGUUUGGCGCUGGUGGUGGAGCAGGAGGUGGUGCCGGGGGAGGGUUCGGUGGUGGUGGUGGCUUGGGUGGCGGAGGUGGUGUAGGAGGAGGGUUUGGUGGUGGUGCCGGAGGUGGCGCUGGCUUGGGCAGUGGCGGCGGCGGCGGUUUCGGUGGCGGCGGUGGCUUUGGCGGUGGACAUUGGUGA